GUAGCCUCAGAGAGGGCUCCGUUACACGCCGCCUCAGUCUCUCAGUGCCCUCGUCUGUGUUAUGUGCGCUAGUUCACUUCAACCAUCCGUCUGCUAUCUCAUGGUGGAUACCUCUCUCCAGAUCGAGACGACUGUACUGGCAGACAGAACCAGCCCCAGGGGUUAUCAGGUACAUCAACUCCUUCACAGCUUAGCGCUUCGUUAUUUCAAAUUCAUUCCAAGCCUUUUCUGCUAUUUAACGGUUUUUAGAAUCCAGGUUUUGAACCGUGUCUCUUUUCUUUCGGUGAACCUUAACCCCAGUUAAUUCUUGAGCUUUCCUUCGGAUGUAGGCCAUUCCGUCUGUUAAGUUUUCACUUCUAUGACCCUAUUUCCGCUACCUCCCCCUUCUUUCAGACUAUAAAUCUCCUUCAUUUUAUUUCGAUUUAAUUUUAAAUUUGAUUUACUUACUCCGACUAUUUAAAACUCAUUCUUUUUCAGAAAAUCAUUCAAUUAUUGAUCUCUUUCCGACUUAACCUUCCCAACUCGAGUUUUGCUUGUAUCGAAUUCUAUAUUCUUUGAAAUGGGUUAGUAUAAUAUGUUGGACAUAAUAAACGUGCCCGAAUCUAGGUGGGGUUGUGAGGACUCCGGAAUCAAUACCUCUGGCAUUGAGGGUGGAGAAACGAACCCGGACCAUAAGGUUAAAACUUGUAUGAGACCGCAAACCCGACGAUCUUUUUGUUUUAUUUUUUUUAAUUUAUUCAAAUUUGAAAUUGAUCCGCCGUUUCCUCUACUCACUCCUUUCCAAGGGCGGAACUGAUGGUACAAUGAAUUCUAAGCUCCUAUUCCUUCAACGUCUAUUUUAAGAAUUUUCAUUCCUAUUUUAUAAUCUAUAUUACAUUUAUAAUUUUCCUUAUAAUACUGCCAACUUGUAUAAGUCUUGUACUAACCUUGAGUUCAUUGUUAUAUUUUUUAUGGUAUUCUUCAAUCAGAUUAUGAUUAUUAUUAUAAAACUUUGUUUUUGUGAAAUCUUUACAUAACUCUUUAUAAAACACAGUAUAUAAAUGUCUUUAUUUCAUUAUUUAUUUUCCUUUGUCAGGUUGUUUAAUUUCUUCUUACUUCAAUCAUCCUGUUAAAAUUAAACACUUGGUAUUAGAUUAACAUUAAACAAACCUGAUUUUAAGUUACAUCUUUUUAUUUUAUCAUAUUAAAUAAGUUAACAAACAUCACAUUUUCAAUAUUCAUAAUUUCUUGGUCUAGAUGGAAAGAGUUUUACUUAGGGACACUAUAAAUGAGUUAAACGCUGGUCUUAUGUUUAUAUUGUUGCAUUAUUAGCUUUAAAAUAUUUGCAAAUUAAAUUAGUUACAAAGUUUCUUAAAGAAAUGUGAAAUUCUUUCUUUUUCCAUUGCUUCAUAAAAUUAUUUAAAAUUGGUUUGCAUAUUAACAUAUGUUGAACUCAUUAAUUUAAAAAAAUGAUGUGUCCGUUUGUUGUUAUAACAUAUUUAUUAUUUCAUUGCCCAUAUGGGAUCAACUUAUAGGUUUUUUUUAGAAUUCCUUGGGAACCACUGGCUAACAUUGAUGGAGUUUCGACUAGACAGCGCAGAAUAUUGCCAAGCUCAGCACAAAUAGACAGCUUGUGUUAAGUCCUAUUUAAAAAAGACAGUUUUCAAGAAUUAUAGAAACUACCCAGGUUACAUCAAGGCACCGUCUUGACACCUGGUGAGCUUAUUCGGAAAUAACACCCUUAUACAGGGAAAAGUGAGUGCUUUGGUUAUUACCACUAUAUUCCUUUGGAAUUCGGAGAGAAAAAAUAAAUAAAACAAAAACAUUUAAUAGUCGAAGAUAAUUUUGAGAAGAGCAACACCAAAGAUAGGGUGUGUUGAAUAAUUUCCGGCUCAUCAGAUGCUCUUCGGUGCUUAAUACAGAAGAUUUUUUAAGUUUUCUGCAUAAGACACCAUUGUUGGGAGAUCUUUUCUAACUGAUCUGAAUAGCAGUAUUUUUUUACAGUAAAUUUCGUUUAUUUAUAAAAUAUUUUUUGGCAGUUGAAGUGCUAGUGCUUGUGACUUACCGUUAAGUUUUUCUGGGAAAUGAGUAUUGAAACAAUGAGGCACAAGGAUAUUCGCCCCCCUCCCUGCGAGAUUGAGUACAAGAACAUGAAGUUCCUCAUCACCGACCGUCCUACCGACCAAAACAUUCAAAAUUAUAUCAUGCUUCCUGAUUGGUUACAGGAACUGAAGAAACAUAAUGUACGGGAUGUCGUGAGGGUUUGCGAACCUACCUACAAGAUUGAUGAACUUCAGUCUGAAGGUAUCACGGUCAAAGAUUUGGCUUAUGAAGAUGGUACUUCACCUCCUGCUGAUGUAGUAGAUGAGUGGUUUGAAUUGUUGAAGACAAGGUUCAAAGAAAGCCCCGAAGGGUGCGUCGCUGUUCACUGUGUGGCAGGCCUCGGCAGAGCACCUGUUCUGGUUGCAUUAGCACUCAUCGAGCUCGGCAUGAAGUACGAGGAUGCUGUAGAAUUGAUCAGGCAGAAAAGGAGAGGCGCGAUCAAUUCAAAGCAACUAGCUUUCCUCGAGAAAUACAAACCGAAAUCUCGAUUGAAGAUUAAGAACGGGCACAAGAAUUCCUGUUGCAUCCAAUAGCCAAUGACACAACUGUCUUUGAAUUAUGGAAUUAACUGCUUGUAUUUUAGAAGCAACUACCAUAAUUAUGUGUUCAAGUGUAUUCUUGAGUAUAUUUAUUGAAAUAUACUUUUUGAUAAAAUAAAACACCUGCACACAUAAUUAUGUAUAAUUUUAAUUAUAUGUUAACAUACCAAUAUUUUAAAUAUUUUAUGUAAUUGAUUAUGUUAUUUGAAUCAGUGAGGGAUAUCUUUCUUAUUAAGGUGUCAACAUUACGGUACCUCUUUAUUAUAGUCAUUAUAUUUAUUUCUUAAUUCAUAAAACUUUUACCGAUUUCAAAUAUUUUUUUUAGUAUCAGUAUAAUUUUCUCUGUGACUAAAAUAUUUCUAUGAAUAUAUUACAAAUAUUCUUUCCAAUACUUUAUUUUAUUUGGAUACGACAUUGAUUGGGCAGUUUUAUUUUUUUGAAAAUAUCACAAAUAUUGUUUGAGCAUCACAAGUUUUCUGAAUAAAUUUAAAAAAUAAAAGUCAAAACAAAUUAAUAUAUGAUGUCUUUCUCUAAUGAGCUGAAUAUAAAAUUAAAAAAAAAAAAAUAAUAACAAAACAAAGUAGGCUCACACUGAAACUAUUUUUUUAUUGUUGAGUUGCUUACAGUUUUAAAAAUACUUUUAACUUUGUUUAAUCUUUGACGUGAUUUUUCCUACAACAGGGAGACAUGUAAAUUAAUAAUAAAAAACUAAUAAGAUUGUAUUGUACAUAAAAAAAACUUCAUAACAAUUUAGUUUCGUAACGGUUAUAAUUUUCCAAAGAACACGCCAUAUCUUAUUUAAAUUUAAAAAAAAAUAUAUAGAGAUACAUUUUGUAUAACUAAAAAUACACUGCCAAUAUAAUAAUCUGUUAAGAUACGUAAUUUACAUGUACUCGUAUUGGAUAACAUUACUGUUUGUAGGAUUAUGCAUAAUCUAUGAAUUUUAUGCUGGUUAAGUAUUUAAGCUAAAUUUUGCAUGAUAUUGUUUUUUGGUUCCGAUGUAUUAUGAAAAAUCUAUUCACUUAAUAUCUAUUUUUAUUUUGAGUUAAAGCCAUAAUGUUACUAUGUUUUGAUUUAAUAUCUAUAUGUAUUACUAUUAUUUUUUGCUGUUGAGCGUAAAAAUAGUAUAGCUAUGGUCUUGAUAAGUUUUAAUUAUGUGCAUUGUUGUGGUAAGUUUUGUGUAAUGGAUCAUCACAUAUGUAAGAUUGUUUUAAAGGUUUUUGAAGUUUAGAGUGUGGAUGGUAAUAGGUUGUGUACUUGGCUAUAUGGUUAGUAAACUUUAUCAUUUUUUUUAAAUAAAAAAUUAAUUAAAUCAUCCUGUUAAAAAAAAAUUAUUAACCCUGUUGCAUAUCUGAGAUUUAUAAUUUAAAAUGGUAAAUAGAGAAGAAGGCAGUUUUUGAAAGAAACAUCUAUUGUAUGGUAUGAGAUAAUAUAUUAUCAUGU